GGGGUCCUAAGUGACGCUUCUUGUCAGGUUUUUCAAUCAGCUGAUUCUGCUAAGAGUAAGCAACGUAAAUAUAACCGAUUAUUGACAUUUUUAUUGCCGUCUGAACUGAGCCUGUCGGCAUGUGCGGUCUUGAUGCGGUUUCACCUCCACACUGCACUACUGCUGUGCUGUAGACGUUCACCAUGGAUAAGAUUCUGGAGGCCCUGGUGAGCUCGUCUCACUCCGUGCCCGUGAAGAAGGCCAUCGUAAAGAAGGUUGUGGAAGCGGCCGAGAAGGAUGUAACCGAGGAGCAGUGCCAGGCUCUCUACAGCCUCACAGCCCGGCUCAUCCUCCUGGGAGAGGACACCUUCCAGAGGCAGGUGGGCUAUCAGGUCCUGGAGGCGUACGCCCGCUACCACCGCGCCGAGUUCGAGCGCUUCUGCACCAAGGAGUUCAUAACGGGCCUGCUGCAGCAGGGCUACGGCCCCCUGGACAGGAAGGACCCCGUGGUCAUCGAGUACAUCCACAGCUGCCUGCGGCUGCUCAUCAGCUGCCCGUCGGUGCUGGAGAUCUUUGGGGCGAUGCAGGUGGAGGUGCUGCGGACGGUGUGUGAGCGGCCCGAGCCAGCCCUCUGCGCGCGUCUCAGCGUCAUGCUGGCGGACUUUGUGCAGUGCAUCCCCAGGGACAAGUCUGCGGCGCUCUUCUGCCAGCAGCUGGUCCGGACUAUGGGCUACUUCCAGUGCGCCGCCACCCGGGAACUGGACCUGCGCGAGUACGUCUCUCAGGUCACCAAAGUGGGCGCUCUACUGCAGAACAUCUGGAAGGCAGAGCCCGCCACGCUCCUCCCCUCCCUGCAGGAGGUCUUUGCCAUCAUUUCUUCCACAGACCCUUCAUUUGACCCUUCCAUUGCACUAGCGAGUCUGGUGCAGCACAUACCCUUGCAGAUGAUAACGGUUCUCAUCAAGAGUCUCACCACAGACCAGAACGUGAAGGACGCCUGCAUGACUCAGGCGCUGUGCAGGAUGAUUGACUGGCUCUCUUGGCCUCUGGCCCAGUAUGUGGACACCUGGGUUAUCGCCCUGCUGAAGGGACUGGCAGCCGUGCAGAAAUUCACCAUCCUCAUAGACGUCACCCUUCUGAAGAUUGAGCUGGUAUUUAACCGGCUGUGGUACCCCAUAGUGAGGCAGGGAGCUCUGGCUGUUCUCUCCCACAUGCUGCUCAGUUUCCAGCACUCUCCAGAGGCCUUCCACCUGGUCGUUCCGCACGUGGUGACCCUGGUCCGGACACUGAAGAGCGACGGGCUCCCCACCAGCAAAGUGUUCCUGCUGCAGUUCACCGACCUCAUCCACUGCAUGAUGUACCAGUACUCCGGCUUCCCGGACCUCUACGACAGCAUUCUCGAAGCCAUAAAAGAGCUGCCUAAGCCCAGCGAGGAGAAGAUCAAACUGAUUCUGAACCAAAGUGCCUGGACGUCACAGUCUAACUCUCUGGCCCCCGGGCUCCUGAGGAUCACCGGGAAGUCGGAGACAGGCAAAACGGGCCUGAUUAACCUGGGCAACACAUGCUACAUGAACAGCAUCAUCCAGACCCUCUUCAUGGCCACAGAUUUUAGGCGAUCUGUACUGUCCUUGAAUCUCAAUGGCUCCAAUACACUAAUGAAGAAACUGCAGCUUCUGUUUGCCUUCCUAGCACACACUCAGAGAGCGGCGUACGCUCCCAGGAACUUUUUCGAGGCGUCAAGGCCACCUUGGUUCACUGCUGGAUCCCAGCAGGACUGUUCCGAAUACCUCCGCUUCCUGUUGGACAGGUUGCACGAAGAGGAGAAGACGAUCCAAGCGUUCAAGUUGGCGAAGCCGCCCCAGGCCAGCGCGGAGGCUAGCGCUAACGGCGGCGGGGCUCCGCACCCCCCGGACGACCCGGCGGAGGGCGACGAGGACCGGGAGACGCUCAUCGAAAAGAUGUUCGGCGGGAAGCUGUCAACAGGCAUCCGCUGCAUGCAGUGCGCCAGCGUGUCGGAGAAAGAGGAGCCCUUCUCCGACCUCUCCCUGGCCUUCUGCCCGUCCGCCACCACGCCACCACGCCACCUGGCCGAGGGGCCCCAGCCCGAGGGAGGUGCGGGCGGCGCCGACGGCAGCAAGGGCGGGGCCCACCAGGGGCCGGUCAGCGGGGGCAGCGAGGCCUUGGACGGGCCACUCAAGGAGAAGCAGGCGGGGCUAAACGGAGCAACUCCCCCCUCCGAGAGGCCCGCCCAUGACCCGCCGCUCUCGGUCCCCGACCUCAUAAACUACUUCCUGGCCCCGGAGAUCCUGGACGAGGACAACAAGUACUACUGCGAGAAGUGCGCCUCGCUGCAGCGGGCCGAGAAGACCAUGGAGGUGGUGGAGGCCCCGGAGUACCUCAUCCUCACCCUGCUGCGCUUCUCCUACGACGCCAAGUUCCACGUGCGCCGCAAGAUCCUGGACAACGUGUCCAUCCCGCUGGUGAUGCAGCUGCCCGUGCACCGGCGUGCCCUGGCCCCCUGCUCUCCCCCGCCCUCCCCCCUGCAGGUGGACUCGCCCGACAGCGGAGAGAACCUGGCCAAAAAACUCAAGCCCUCUGGGAAGGAGGAGGCCGGCGCGGGAGGGAGGCGGGCCCCGAGAGAGGAGGCCCCGCCCGUUCCCCCGCCCUCGGCCCGCGCUGUGCCGUACGUGCUGAGCUCGGUGGUGAUGCAUUCUGGGAUGUCAUCCGAAAGCGGGCACUACUACUGCUACGGCAGGAACGUGAGCGGUUCCGACGGGGGGGCGGCUCCGGGCCCGCGCCCCGCGCCGGGGCCCGAAUCCCCGAAGGGGGCGGAAGCUGACCUGCCCGUCUGCGGCUCCCUGUCCGGGCAGGGGGUGGAGCUGCUGAGCCAGCCCGCCAGGGAUUGGUUCCUCUUCAACGACAGCCGGGUGACGUUCACCUCGUUCCCCUCGGUGCAGAACGUCACCAGCAGGUUCCCCAAAGACACGGCGUACGUUCUGAUUUACAGGAAGCAGGAACUCCGGCCGCUCCCGGCAGGAAGUGGACCCAACGGUCUGAGGCUGAACUCCGAGCCUCCGCUGCAGAAGGAGCUCAUGGACGCCAUCACCAAGGACAACAAGCUCUUCCUGCAGGAACAGGAGCUGAAUGCUCGUGCACGAGCUCUCCAGGCUGCCUCCGCAUCCUGCUCCUUCAGACCCAACGGGUUCGACGACAACGACCCCCCGGGCAGCUGCGGGCCCUCCGGGGGGGGCGGGGGUGGGGGCGGCUUCAGCACCGUCAGCCGCCUGGUCUUCUAGAGAGGAGCGGUCACACACAGCGGUUACACACAGCUGCAACACUGGAGACGACGCAGACCAACCACGGUCCACCCAGGGAACGGGUGAAGGGACACUUUGAAAAAUACAUUUAAAAAAAGACACUACCUCUUGCCAUGCCAAGUGGUGGAUAUUCAAAGUACCUGCUGUUCUGUUGUGCAUGUACUUACAAAGAUGUGCUAAAUUUAAGUUUGACUUAUUUCUUUCUUCCUUUCUUUUCUUUUUACAAGACAAAACAUUUAGGCAAUUUUUUUAAAAUAUAUUCUCUUGCUCAUUGCCCAGCUGGACAGUAAUAAGACACAGAAAGCAUAUCUAAUGCAAUAAUUUUAUACUAGGAUGCAAUACACACUUUUCUGUUUUCAAGAAAUUGAUUCGAAUUGCUGCCAUUGUGCAUGAAAUCCAUAGAUAGAAAACAUUUUUAAACAACUUGAAAUGUACAUACAAAUUUUUUGGGGUCAAAAUGUGAUUAAGUGCUGGUAUAUACAAUUCUACAUUUUUAAAUUGCAUGCUGAAUGUUUAGAUUUAACUUUCCUAUAACAGGUUUUGGGUUAAUAUUAUUGCUGAAGAUUAUUGACAUUACUCAUUAAGUUAUUUUCCCGAUUCGGGGAACAGUUCAUUCAUUGUUCAUUUAAGAUUUUAUGUGCCUUUGUAAUAAUUUGUCCAGAUGUGACACUUUGAGAAUUGUCAUUUUUAUGGAUACUGAGAGGCAGUCGUGCUGUACAGGGUCCAUGUUUUGUGGAUCACACAACAUUUCCCAAUAGAAAAACUAAGUGAAGAGUGUUUUGUCAUCCCCCAAUGGUCUUGUUUUUAUUUAUGGUGUUUUGCAUACAUGUUCUCUGGCUUAUCCGUCCCUUAUCCCCAACCCAGCUAUUCACCAUUUGCCCACUGGGAGACAGACUUAUGACUGCUAACUCUAAUUUUUUUAGCAGAUGAUUAAAUAAUCUUUCUGAUAUACUGGAA